AAUUGCUGGUUUGAUCUGUGUGAAGACAAUGUGGGUUCCGAUUCUUCUCAUCGGUUUGCUGCCUGUUUCAGGUGCAUUGUGGGCGAAGAGAAAUGUAACAGGACUCGUAGGAAGAGCGAUCACAAUCGAUUGUCACUAUGAAGCAAAGUACCUUUCACAUGCAAAGUAUUGGUGCCGUGGAUGGACUGACCAUUGUACAGUUUUAGUGGAAACAAAUGAUCAACACAGACAGAGGGGACGAGUGUCAAUCACAGAUAACCCGGAACAGCGAAUAUUUACUGUUACUAUGGAGAAUCUUCAAUCUGCAGAUACAGGAUGGUACGGCUGUGGAGUUACAGACAGAAGUCUCGAGAUGAAAUUUUAUGUUUAUCUACAAGUAUUUGAAUUUUCAGGUGCAUUGUGGGCAGAAGAAAAUGUAAGAGGAGAUGUCGGAAGAGCGAUCACAAUCGAUUGUUACUAUAAGGAAAACUACCGCUCACACACAAAGUAUUGGUGCCGUGGAUGGACUGAUCAAUGUACAGUUUUAGUGGAAACAAAUGGGCAACACGGACGGAGUGGACGAGUGUCAAUCACAGAUAACCCGGAACAGGGAAUAUUUACUGUUUCUAUGGAGGAUCUUCACUCUGAAGAUACAGGAUGGUACGGCUGUGGAAUUACAACACGUCAUGAUCCGAUAUUUAAUGUACAUCUACAAGUGUCUAAUGCUGAACAAACAACUACACAAUCCUCGGGUACAGUGGAGAAAUCCGAGAAUGAGGAAGACCAUCAUGGAAAAAGGUAUACUGUUCCUAAAACCGUUUUACAUGUGAGAGAUAUUUGA